AUGAACUAUAAUAAUUCAUCAAGUCCUUCAAAUCAAAAUGAAAAUUAUGAUGAAUUUACAUUAAAGGAAUUGAUAGAAAAUAAUAAGAGAAAAAAUUUGAGCCAUGAUGUAGAACUUGAUGAAAUACAAAGAGUUUUAUUAAUCAACCAAAUAGAUAUCACUAUCAGAUGUCAUAUUGCAAAAAAUACUUUUUAUCAAAAAGAUGUAAUUGAAAAUAUUGAAGAGCUUUUGAAAAUUAAGCAAUUUAUAACAGUAUUAUCUAAGGAUGAUAUUAUAAAAUAUUUAGAUAAAGUUAUUAGUAGAAAUAUGGAUUUAAAUGAAGAACUAAAAAAAACUCUUGAAAAUAAUCAAAUGAAGAAGCUUCUUUUUUCUACAAUCUAUCAAACAAUACUUUACAAUUUAGAUUAUGGUCAACCUCAUUAUACAGAAAUCUUUCAAGAAAAUAUUGAAAAAAUCAUAGAGAUUAAACAAGAAGUUAGAAAUUUAUCAAAAGAUGAUUUAUUGGAAUAUAUUGAAACUGUUUUUUAUCUUAAU